UUCCACGACUGGGUCCAAACAACGCAUUUGUAACAAUUAUGUGAUCUCGGAAAGGAAUUUAAUUUUUAGCAAUGGAAAUCUGGCCUUUUCUUAUGUUGAAACUGGUAUUCUUCUUGACUGAAGUCGUACAUUAUGCUGAAGGAUACGAGUGCCCGAGAAUCACCUACAGACAGAAUAGCUUCGGAAUGAUUUACAAAUUACGAACUUACGUCCAUUGUGAACAUGGCUGUUGUGGACAACAUGGAGACUUCUGUUGUACACCUCCGAUCACUACAACAGAAAAGCCCAUCUACAAUGACAAUGCCAGUUUGUACCUUGGAGUCGUGUCUGGUACUGUGGUAGCGAUUGUGUGUAUCAUCUCCGUCACUUGCUGCUGUAUCAGUAAAUACAAUAAGAAGAAUGUCACUGUUGGAAUAGACCCUCGGUGGUCAGAUGGAUCUCGAGCCCGAAUUUUGACAGUUCAGGAUAUUGAGGACAGAGUGAUGUCCCCUCCACCUGCGUAUGAACACACCGUCUCUUCAGUUGCCACGCCCACUGCACCACGUGACACUUCCGUCAGAUAUACCACGACCAGUGGAAAGUUGUUCACUUCCACAUAAAAAUCUAUUUAACCCUUUUUGGGGAGAU